ACAUUCCAAUUCAAUCUCUCUCUCUCUAGACAAAGAAAACAACAAAGACACAUAACAAUCAUCACACUCUCAAAAAAUGGAAAUUGAGACAAGCCCACAAGUGGUUGCGAAGAAGCUAUGGAACAUAGUACGCAUAAUGUUCUUCAUGUUGAGAAAAGGCAUAGCCAAGUGCAAAGUCACGAUGGAGUUCAAUUUGUUACUCAAACGUGGCAAACUCGCCGCCGGCAAAGCCAUAUCCAACACCCUCAUGCUCCACCACCACUACGCCGCCGCCACAUGCUACCGCUCCCACCCUCCUCCCGGAGACUACGAAUUCAGCUGCAGCAACAGCCCCGCCUUCCCCUUCCACCACCGCGAUCAUCGCCGCCGCCGCCGCCACCACGGCCACCCCUUUGACCGGUUCCCCAAGCCAUGCCAGUACGAUGACGUUUCAACCAUAAAUGCGGUUCAAAAAGUGCUUGAGAUGCUGAAUAACAGUGACAACAAGGUUGAGGCUUCACCUUUGGUAACAUUGCCAGGGUUUGGGAAAAGUCCCAUUGGGAAGAAACUUAGAGUCACUGAUUCACCCUUCCCUUUGAAGGAUGAAGGGGAUGAUGAUAACCAAGUAGACAUGGCAGCUGAGGAAUUCAUUAAGAGGUUCUAUAAGAACCUCAAUUUGCAACAGAAAAUGGCUGCUAUUGAAUCACCUAACCAUAACAUGUGGUGACUUAUGAUGAACAAUAUUAGACAUGAUGUUGUAUCUAUUUAAUUUGUCACAUGUCACAACCACCUUCUUUUUUUUUUUUUUGUCACAAGCACCCACUACAUGUUUUUCACAUCUUGAUUACUUGGAUGUAAUAGUUUUUCUUGGAGAGGUGCUAAUGCUUAUAAUUUUGUCUUUUGGUAGUGUUUUAGUCCACACAAUGAUUUGGGUUUUUUUUUUAGACUCUGUUUUAUGUAUAUUAAGGU